CCUCAACUAAGAUCCCUUACUGCAAGAGUGUCCCAGUGAUGCAAGACUAAAAGCACCAUAACCACUACAUCAUAUUGUAGUAAAAUAAAUAGCACAAUUUAGGCUGUAAUUGACAUGCGUUGACUAAACCUCCUUUUUUUUUUUUUUGCUGCUUAAACUUUGAAAUUUGGAUAUAGUUUAUUGGAAUUCAAUGUUUAGUGAAUCAACCCUGUUACCUUUCUAUAUAGGGAAAAUGCUACAGGAAACCUUACACUUUACAUGUAUUCUCUACUGUUCAAAGAAUUAUGUGGAAAGGACAAGGAUUUGUAACAUUUAGACCAAAAUAGCUGUGCAGGAAAAAUAGCUGUGUUAGAGGGGUUCUCAAAUCUGCCUAAAAUAUACAAUUCCCUUAUCUAUUCUACCCCAUUCCAGGGUAAGUUAAUUGCCCCAUGUGUGAGCUCUAUAGUAUUGAAUAACAUGCAGCAUAUUUAAUAGAAAACACAUUUCAGAACCAUUAUUGGAAAAAGUUUAUUUUUUAUUUUUUCACCACAUGUAAACAAACUGCGAAAGAACUACAUUUCCCUGAACCCCACACUCUUCUUACGUCACACGCGCGACACAGUGUCUGUGAGCUCUGUGCGACACAAGCUGGAAGCAGCAUGGCAGCUGUAGGAGAGACUAAGCAUGCAUUGGAGAUGGUAGGGUGACUGGGGACAGAUAUUUUUUUUGAUUAUAUAUCUUACAUAGGAAAAUAUACAGAGGGUUUCUAGCUGUAUGACUAGAUAAGAACUUGGUAUGUUCUGACCAUGUGCCAGGCUCUUUUCUUACAUGCUCUCCUAUGCGAGCUUGGUGUGUGUAUUAUAUAACCAAAGCAGUUAUGGUGGGGGACAAAUUGUGAUUGAAAACCCCUUCAACCUGAAGACUGUGGAUAGUUAAAGGACCACUAUAGUGCCAGGAAAACAUACUCGUUUUCCUGGCACUAUAGUGCCCUGAGGGUGCCCCCUCCCGCCCGGCUCUGGAAGGGGGAAAGGGGUUAAAACUUACCUUUUUCCAGCGCUGGGUGGGGAGCUCUCCUCCCCGUCGGCUGAAUGCGCAGGCACGGCAAGAGCUGCGCGCGCAUUCAGCUGGUCACAUAGGAAAGCAUUCAUAAUGCUUUCCUAUGGACGCUGGCGUGCUCUCACUGUGAAAAUCACAGUGAGAAGCACGCAAGCGCCUCUAGCGGCUGUCAAUGAGACAGCCACUAGAGGGAAUGGGGGAAGGCUUAACCCAUUCAUAAACAUAGCAGUUUCUCUGAAACCGCUGUUUAUGAAAAAAUGGGUUAACCCUAGCUGGACCAGGCACCCAGACCACAAAAUAGAGUGGUCCUUUAAUACAAUGUUAAACAAAAAUCUGCACACCAGUCAAACCAUAAGAUUUGCUUUUUGUAUUUUCUGUGGGAAAAGCAAGUCUUAUGGCUUGACUGGUGUGCAGAUUUUUGUUUAACAUUGUGUUAACUAUAUAUAUAUAUAUAUAUAUAUAUAUAUAUAUAUAUAUAUAUAUAUAUAUAUAUAUAUAUAUAUAUAUAUAUAUAUAGAUAUCAUUUUAAUAUGAAUGAAAUCUAAGAAGAAAUUAAUAUCCCGAUCCGCCCCCAGGGUUAGCAGGCAAUUUCUUUUUUACUGUCAUUAUCAUGAUACUGAUUUUCACUGCAAUAUCUCUCUCUCUCUCUCUCUCUCUCUCUCCCCCCCACUCCAUUUUAUUUGUUCAUAUUUAUCUGUGUUUUUCACGCAAACACUGCAUCUUUACUAUUUCUAUCAUUCUUAUCUUUUUUUUAUUACUAUAAAACACUGGCUCCCUGCCUGCUCAGACGUUGCUUCAAUGCUUUCCUAUUAGCAUUUUUCUGAUGCCGGAGGUGAGGAUAUCCAGCGUCAGUUAGGCGACCAAAAGUCGCUUAGCAAGCAAAAAGUGCCUCUAGUGGCUAAUUGACAGCCACUGACUAGAUGCAGUCUUAGUCCUGCAAUGAAAUCCUUGUAGUUUCUCUAAAACUGCAAUGAUUUACAUUGCAGGACAAAGGAGGGUAUGGUCAUUUGUAUCCAGACCACUUCAAGUGGUUUGGGUGCCAUAAGUGUCCCUUGAAGUAACUCGCCUAACUGAGAGGCAUGUCUAACAGUGCAAACCAACUAAGUUUAUAAAUGUUUUUUACAUACUUUUCAGUGUUUCUUGCUUUAUUUUACUUUUGUAUAUGUUUUUCUUGCUGGUGAAAAUAAGUAACUGUCAAGUAAUGUAUAUCCCUUUAACCAGAAAAGACUGUAGGCAUUGAUCGGCAACAUCCAUGCCACCCAUAUAUUUGCCUGUACUUUACAAUGUACUUUGACUUUUCUAUCUGUUAAUUUCUUCUCUUGACACACUGGCAUUGUACUUUCAUUGUGCAUUGCGGACAGCAUGUUUACAUCUUUAUCUGUGUAACGAAGAGCCAUCCUAACACAAUGCUGAUGUUGAGCUUCUAUGUUUUUUGCCGCUUGUCAUCUUCUGGCAGAAACCUCUGCCUUUCUUGCGCACUGUGCCACAUGCUAGGGUUUCAAAACAAAAUAUAUUUUUAAAUAAGGCUGGUGUAUUAUCUGUUGUUGAACCAUAGAUGGAAGCCUUUAUUCGUCAAGGGAAGGAGAAGAUCCCUCACUAUCUCGACAUUUGUGACAACUGAAUCAGGGCGUCCUGGUUGGUUAAGAUGGUUAUCUUUCCCUUGAUAAAUACAAAUUCCCAGGUGUAACCAGUAGGACAUUCACAUAAUUUAGAAAAUUAAAUCCCAUAUCGCAGGGCUUGACAAAUCCCAUGGCGCCUAGGAAUUUUGCCUUUGAGUCUGGGAAAUGUGAGCUAUUACCUCUGAGGUGGGCAGGAGGACGGCUGGGGAAUUGUGGAGGCUGGCAGGAGGCCCGCUGGGGAAUUGUGGAGGCUGGCAGGAGGCCCGCUGGGGAAUUGUGGAGGCGGGCAGGAGGCUGGCUGGGGAAUAGUAGGUGGGCGGCGAGGGAGCUGUGAUUUCCCUCUUCUGCUCCCUCGUUUGCCUCUUAGUGAGACCAGGGGCCGGAAAAUCAUGUCAUAUUCCGGCCUCACAAAGCGACGCGCAAGGGAGCAGAGUAGGGACAUCACAGCUCCCUUGCAGCUCGUCAACAAUACACGCAGCCAGCCUCCACGAUCCCCCAGCAUGACGGGACCCUGCAGGUAUCAAUACACGCAAUAAUGUGAGUGUAUGUCUUGUCAGUGUGUGUGUGUGUCUGUCAUGUUAUGUGUGUAUGUCAUGGUAUGCGUGUGUGUGUUGGUCAUAAUAUAUGUGUAUCUGUCUGUCAUGGUAUGUGUGUGUGUUUAGGUUACCAGACCCCUUCCGUUCAUAAGGGUGUUGUUACUCACCUUUUUUUCCCACGCCAUGCUGGUCUCCCCUCGACUGGCCCUACCUCUAUGGCUGAGAUUAUCAAGCUUGAUGAUCUCAGCCAAUCCAAUGUUUUUCCAAAGAAUUGGCUGCAAAACGCUGCACCAAUCAGCAUCUCCUCUUAGAGAUGCAUUGAAUCAUUGCAUCUCUAUAGGGAUCAUUCAGCACCUUCAUGCAGAGCUAUUCCUGUACAAAGUUUUAUUUUGUGUUCAGUUACAUCUGCUGAGUAAAACGACACGCCCAUUGUAUGUCUUUGCCACUAUUUUGUGAAGUUACAGUGCCACACAGGAUACCUGUCCUUUUCAGUAUUCACAGUAGAAUUUUGAGAGAUGGAUUUAAUGAGCCUUAGCUUCCAUUUGGGGUAUUAUAACAGUUUGACUGUUCAAAAAAACCCCACAAAGGCCUACCAUUUGUAAAAGGAGACACUCCAGGGUAUCUUAUAAGGUGCAUAUUGUGCCUUAACAUACCCCCAUUUUUUCACCAAUAUAUGCCAAAGUAUGUGGUAAAUAAUUAUUUUGUGCAUUUUUUACAUACGGAUUGCAUUUUUGCUGGGCGUUUUGUAUAUUCCAUAUGUGCCACUAAGUUCAAACCUCCCAAAUUAUGCUCAGCUAAGUCUUCUCAGUAAAAAGACACCCCCAAUGAAUGUCUUUGGCACUAUUUCGUGAAGCUACAGUGCCAUAUAGGAGACCAAGCCAUAUCCGUUUUUACCAAACUUUGAAUUUUGACGCUGGGCCUAUGUGCAAUUUCCAAGCAUCUUCGCAGGUUUUAAAUUCAAACUACCCCACAAAGGCCUACCAUUUCUUAAAGUAGACACCCCAGGGUGUUUCAAAAGGUAUAUUUUGAACCUUAACGUGGGAUCAUUUUUCUGCUAGCUUGUACCAGAUGUAGUGGUAAUAAGCGUUUUUUUGGACUUUUUGACAUACAAAGUGAGUUUGCACAGUAUAGUUUGCAAACCUUAUAGAAACAUAGAAACAUAGAAUGUGACGGCAGAUAAGAACCAUUCGGCCCAUCUAGUCUGCCCAAUUUUCUAAAUACUUUCAUUAGUCCCUAGCCUUAUCUUAUAGUUAGGAUAGCCUUAUGCCUAUCCCACGCAUGCUUAAACUCCUUUACUGUGUUAACCUCUACCACUUCAGCUGGAAGGCUAUUCCAAUGCAUCCACUACCCUCUCAGUAAAGUAAUACUUCCUGAUAUUAUUUUUAAACCUUUGUCCCUCUAAUUUAAGACUAUGUCCUCUUGUUGUGGUAGUUUUUCUUCUUUUAAAUAUAGUCUCCUCCUUUACUGUGUUGAUUCCCUUUAUGUAUUUAAAUGUUUCUAUCAUAUCCCCUCUGUCUCGUCUUUCCUCCAAGCUAUACAUGUUAAGAUCCUUUAACCUUUCCUGGUAAGUUUUAUCCCGCAAUCCAUGAACCAGUUUAGUAGCCCUUCUCUGAACCCUCUCUAAGGUAUCAAUAUCCUUCUGAAGAUACGGUCUCCAGUACUGUGUACAAUACUCCAAGUGAGGUCUCACCAGUGUUCUGUACAAUGGCAUGAGCACUUCCCUCUUUCUACUGCUAAUACCUCUCCCUAUACAACCAAGCAUUCUGCUAGCAUUUCCUGCUGCUCUAUUACAUUGUCUGCCUACCUUUAAGUCAUCAGAAAUAAUCACCCCUAAAUCCCUUUCCUGGAUUACUACGACUGUAUAAUACUUCAUAUGUUGCUCAGCUAUGUCGGCUGAGUACAGCAAUACCCCCGUAUGUACCUUUGCCAGGUAUGUGUGGACAUCGGAGGGGCACAUUUGGGACACAGCCAUUCCAGUUUUUUUCAAACUUUGAAUUUUUAUGCUGUGCCUAUGUCCCAUUUUAGAGUAUUUUACCAGGCUAUAUAAUCCAAAUACCCCAUAAAGCCAUACCAUUUCUUAAAGAAGACAUCCCAGGGUAUUUCAAAAGGCAUAUUUUGAACCUUAGCGUGGGAUCAUUUUUCCGCUAGCUUGUACCAAGUGUAGUGGUAAUAAGCAUUUUUUCUGCCUUUUUGACAUACAAAGUGAGUUUGCGCAGCAUAUUUUGCAAACCUUAUGUGUGCUAUGACUGUAUAAUACUUCAUAUGUUGCUCAGCUAUGUCAGCUGAGUACAGCAAUACCCCUGUAUGUACCUUUGCCAGGUAUAUGUGGAUGUUGAAGGGGCGCAUUUGAGACGCAGCCAUUCAGUUUUUUUCUAACUUUGAAGUUUUACGCUGUGUCCGUGUUCCAAUUUGGAGUAGUUUAGACGGUUGGUUAUUGAAACUUCCCCACAAACACAUACUAUUUAUUAAAGAAUACACCCUGGGGUAAUUCAAAAGGCAUAUUUUGAACCUUGGCGUGGGAUAAUUUUUUUUUCUCUAGUUUGUUCCAGGUGUAGUGGUAAUGAGCGUUUUUAAAAUGUAUUUUUUAACUUUUUAUAACUUUUUUACUUUUAAAAACUAGUUUUUAAACUUUUGUUUUGCGUAUUAAUUUUUUUAAACUUUCCUAAACUUUCUUAAAACUUUUUUACAGAUAUAACAUUUUUCUAAGCUUUUUUUUUUUUACCGUUAACCCCUAACUAGCAGUACGCAGCACUAACAGUAAAUUCCCCAUUUUCCCAUAACUCCCACCCACCCCAGCUAGCAAAAUACAUAGUUAUAAAAUAUUUAAAUUAAUUAAUUAAAUAAAUUGAACCCCUGAGGGUUAAAAAAUAAAUAAAAAGUUAAUCCUCAGGGGUUAAAAAAAAAUUAGAUCACAGUAUAAUACUGUGAUCUCUAUUUGAUCGCUGUAGUCAGUGAUCGACUGGCAGGGAAGGGGUUAAUUUUUAUUUGGACUAGGUGAAGGGUUUUUUUUCUUUUUUUUUUUUUACUUAAACGUUAUUAAAACAUUUUUUUAAGCUUAAUUUUUAACUUUUUAAAGUUUAUUUUAAAACUUUUAACGUUAACCCCUAGUUAGCCUAACGCCAAAUCCCCCAAUUCCCCACUAACUUCCACCCACCCCAGCUAGCUAAAUAUAUAAUUUUAAAAUAUUUUAAUUAAUUAAAUAAAUUUAACCCCUGAGGGUUAAAAAAAAAAGAAUUAACCCUCAGGGGUUAAAAAAAUAAAAAAAUCAGAUCAUAGUAAAAUGUAAUCCCUGCCAAUUGAUAACUGUAGUCAGUGAUCAAUUGGCAGGGAAGGGGUUAAUUUUUUAUUAAAAUGGGUAAAGGGGGGGGGGACUUUAAAUAAACUUUAUUUUUUUUUCCAGCAGGGGGCAGGAUCAGCACUGAUCCGGCUCCCUGCACUUCACACAGAACCCGGAAGUGCAGGGAGCCGGUAGGUAAGUAUACAGGGAGUGCAGAAUUAUUAGGCAAGUUGUAUUUUUGAGGAUUAAUUUUAUUAUUGAACAACAACCAUGUUCUCAAUGAACCCAAAAAACUCAUUAAUAUCAAAGCUGAAUAUUUUUGGAAGUAGUUUUUAGUUUGUUUUUAGUUAUAGCUAUGUUAGGGGAUAUCUGUGUGUGCAGGUGACUAUUACUGUGCAUAAUUAUCAGGCAACUUAACAAAAACAAAUAUAUACCCAUUUCAAUUAUUUAUUGUUACCAGUGAAACCAAUAUAACAUCUCAACAUUCACAAAUAUACAUUUCUGACAUUCAAAAACAAAACAAAAACAAAUCAGUGACCAAUAUAGCCACCUUUCUUUGCAAGGACAUCCAUGGAUUCUGUCAGUGUUUGAUCUGUUCACCAUCAACAUUGCGUGCAGCAGCAACCACAGCCUCCCAGACACUGUUCAGAGAGGUGUACUGUUUUCCCUCCUUGUAAAAUCUCACAUUUGAUGAUGGACCACAGGUUCUCAAUGGGGUUCAGAUCAGGUGAACAAGGAGGCCAUGUCAUUAGAUUUCCUUCUUUUAUACCCUUUCUUGCCAGCCACGCUGUGGAGUACUUGGACGCGUGUGAUGGAGCAUUGUCCUGCAUGAAAAUCAUGUUUUUCCUGAAGGAUGCAGACUUCUUCCUGUACCACUGUUGAAGAAGGUGUCUUCCAGGAACUGGCAGUAGGACUGGGAGUUGAGCUUGACUCCAUCCUCAACCCGAAAAGGCCCCACAAGCUCAUCUUUGAUGAUACCAGCCCAAACCAGUACUCCACCUCCACCUUGCUGGCGCCUGAGUCGGACUGGAGCUCUCUGCCCUUUACCAAUCCAGCCACGGGCCCAUCCAUCUGGCCCAUCAAGACUCACUCUCAUUUCAUCAGUCCAUAAAACCUUAGAAAAAUCAGUCUUGAGAUAUUUCUUGGCCCAGUCUUGACGUUUCAGCUUGUGUGUCUUGUUCAGUGGUGGUCGUCUUUCAGCCUUUCUUACCUUGGCCAUGUUUCUGAGUAUUGCACACCUUGUGCUUUUGGGCACUCCAGUGAUGUUGCAGCUCUGAAAUAUGGCCAAACUGGUGGCAAGUGGCAUCGUGGCAGCUGCACGCUUGACUUUUCUCAGUUCAUGGGCAGUUAUUUUGCGCCUUGGUUUUUCCACACGCUUCUUGCGACCCUGUUGACUAUUUUGAAUGAAACGCUUGAUUGUUCGAUGAUCACGCUUCAGAAGCUUUGCAAUUUUAAGAGUGCUGCAUCCCUCUGCAAGAUAUCUCACUAUUUUUGACUUUUCUGAGCCUGUCAAGUCCUUCUUUUGACCCAUUUUGCCAAAGGAAAGGAAGUUGCCUAAUAAUUAUGCACACCUGAUAUAGGGUGUUGAUGUCAUUAGACCACACCCCUUCUCAUUACAGAGAUGCACAUCACCUAAUAUGCUUAAUUGGUAGUAGGCUUUCGAGCCUAUACAGCUUGGAGUAAGACAACAUGCAUAAAGAGGAUGAUGUGGUCAAAAUACUAAUUUGCCUAAUAAUUCUGCACUCCCUGUACAGAGCACAUGUGCUCGCUCUGAUUUGCGGUCAGAGCAAGCACAUGUGCUGGGCAGCCUGACCGGGUGCUCCCGGUAUGCCUCUAAUACAGAGGCAGACCGGAGCACCAUUAACCCCGCGAUCGCCACGAUAGCGGCGAUCCGGGGGUUAAUUUUACCGCGUGACGGACGAGGUCCGUCACUCGUCGUUAAGGGUCUCCCCUCUGUGACGGACCUCGUCCGUCACUCGUCCUUAAGGGGUUUACGUUAAACUAUAUCAGGGAUUCAUUCAUGCACAUGUUUUGUUCUAGGAUGUAAUGUUUGGAAAAAUUAUCAGACAGGUGUAUGAUAAGAAGCCAAACUUUAUAUAGUUUGUCAUAGUGGAUCAUUCCUAGGGAGUCACUGGACAUGGUUGUAACUGGAGGAAUCACAGCAUGCACUCAUAUUGAUUCCACUUCAUAAUCCCAAGAAAAAGAGGGGUAGCCAGAAUGGGGUGCUUGUGCCAGGAGGGCCUUCUGAUGUUUUUUUCAGUGCCCAAUAUUUUCUCAUCUCUGAGACAUCAAUACGGUUUCUGUUGUGGUGUGAAUCAGAAUUUGCAGAGAUAUACUGGAUGGUUUGCACAACCAUUAGCUCAAAUAUGUUGUGUGACAUAAACUUAAAAUAAUUUACUGGUUUACAAACCUUUUUUUCUGAUUGGGAUGCCAGGUAAUUGAGGAAUUGCAGGGGUAAUGAAGUUUGGAGGUGAUGAAUUUUCAUUUGACAAAGAGGGGCGUUCUGAGUGCCUUGUUGAAGAUGUUAAAGGGACACUAUAGUCACCAGAACAACUACAGCUUAAUGUAGUUGGUCUGGUGAGUAUAAUCAUUAUAUGCACAAAUCUAUAUUCAGAGAAAAGGCAGUGUUUACAUUGCCCCUAGGGACACCUCCAAGUGGCCACUCCACAGUAGGCAGCACUGCCGUUUAACGUCUCCACGCUGUGCAUGGGGACGCUGAAUUCUCCUCAAAGAGAUUCAACGCAUCUUUAUUAUGUGAUGCUGAUUUACCAAAAUUAGAUUUGGCCCCGCCCCUUGAUGAUUUUAGCCAAUCCAAUGCUUUCCCUGUGGGAAAGCAUUGGAUCGGAUAAAAAUCGGCAACUCUGAUGUCACCAAUGGGGCGAGGCCAGUGCUGGUGGACCCGCAUGGUGCUGGAAAUAAAGUGAGUUUUUCAUGCUUUUAAGGGGGAUGGGGGGGGGAAGCCACCUUAAUGGUGGGUUUAGCACUAUAGGAUCAGGAAUACAUGUUUGUUCCUUUAAACCAGGCUUCCCCAAACUCCGGCUCUCCAGAUGUUGCUGAACUACAACUCCCAUGAUUCUCAGCCUAUCUAUUUUAUUCAUAGAAUCAUGGGAGUUGUAGUUCAGCAACAUCUGGAGGGCCGGAGUUUGGGCAAGCCUGUUUUAAACAGUAGAUAGGGGUCUGUUACUGCCACCCACUGGCUGAAUAGAGCCUGUUUCUCUGUCGAUUACACUUUGAUCGGUGCUGGGCAGCUGUGAUCGGCACUGGAAGGGUUUUAUUUAUUUUAUAUGCCCCCAACAGGACGGCUUGUUCUCAGAAAUAACUCUCUGAUCUUACUGAUCAUAGAUAUUGUACAGUGCAAUGACCAGACAGCAGGGAGAAAGUAAAAAAAAAGGGGGGGGGGCGGGGCGGUAAAAUAUUAAAGGACCACUAUAGUGCCAGGAAAACAUACUCGUGAAUGUUUGUUUUUCAGGGUAUUUAAGGUCCCCUUUAAGUUCUCUUUUCAGCACUUUCCUUGGUGCUCCUUUGGGACCCGUGAAAACUGUUUUUGAAAACUUUUUUAAAAUUCUCCUCAUAUGCUUGGAAAUGAUUACUAUGAAACCAACAUCAUAAUUCUAAAUCUACACUCCAUUUCUCUCCCUUAGCAGGUGUACACAGGGAUGGGUUAAGGAAGUGAUAUAGAGAGGGGAUUAGGAAUAUGACAUAUAGAGUGAUUUAAAGUAGGGGUACCUAGUACCAGAGUAACAUACUAGUAACAUUAGCUCUGCAUGGAAAUACAUCCUUAUGUAUACACACAAACCCUUCACAAAUACAUCCUGCACAAAUACUCCCCAGGAUUCACAACAGACAUAUACUGAUACAUUCCUACUCACUAUCUCCAAACAGAAAUACAACACUGCAUUAAGCACACUGCAUAACUUAAAAGCAAAAGACUUUACUGUGACGAGUAUUUUUUAGACCUUGCUAUAGUACCUUAACAUUUGAACACUGCCUUCAUGAUUCACCUGGCCAAUGUUCAAGCAUGGUAAUUGUAUUAGAAUUUGCGUCGAGACUGCUUGUCGUUCUCUUAGUAACCACUAGAUGGAGUGAAAGCAAAACAAAAUAAUUGUAUUUAGUUGUAUUUUUUUUAAUUUUUUUGUUCUUGCUUAACAAUAUUGUAACUAAUAGAUGUUGCAAUAUAUAUAUAUUUUUUUUUAAUAUGAUUGUAAUCAAAUUAAUCCUGGAUUUAUUUGAAAUCUUGUCUCGCCCUCUUCGCACUUUGCACUUAACCACUCCAAAUAGAUACCUCACCAGCUCAUUCUUUUUACAUUCAUUUCACAAAACAUUCAUUUCACAAACUCCUAGUCCCAGAAAAUGUUAGACAACUGGAUUUUAAAUAUUUUGCCAGGUAGGAAAGCAUUGUGAAAAUUAUAUUACAAUGUUUGAUCAAAUAGAUGGUUUUUGCCCUCGUUAAAUUUUCUUUUUUUAUCCAUUCUUAUCUAAUUAGGUCCAAGUCAAUGGGACGGAUGAGUCCUGUAUCACAUUUGUGUUACACGAGGAAGAUCACACCCUUGGGAAUGCGCUCCGCUAUAUGAUCAUGAAGAAGUAAGGCAAAUUAAUAUCACUUUCACUAAUUAUAAAAUCGCUCAAAGGUCUCAAUGGGGAGUAGCUAGCUUAAUGACGGAACUAUCAGGGUUGUUCACUAAAGUGAGAGUUCAGAGUGAACUUAAAGUAAAUUUCAGAUUUAAGGUAGAAAUAGCCAAGCUGGAAAAUUUCAGCCAGCUAUUCUUCCAUUUCGGCUACUUUGGCCUUAAAUUUGAAAGUCCCUUUGAAUUCUCACUUUAUUGAAAAACCCUGCAUGUAUGUGUCAAUGAUAUGAAGUUAUUUCUUCAUAAAUAAAGCUAUCUCUGUCACAUAUAUGCAGCUGCGGUACAAUCUCUAGUAGAACCCAUACAAGAAUUAAUGCAGCUUACAGCCUGCAGAAAGCACGGCUUUUUACUAGAACAUCACAUAGUGAAGGACGGCUUAUAGCUGCAGCAUUUAUUUUUUUUUAUGCGAUAAUGAUAGUCAGGAAAAUUAAGAUGCACCAAUGCUAACACAAAUAGCUUAAAGGGAUACUCUAAGCACCAAAACCAUUGCAGCAUGAUGUGGUCUUGGUUCCUAGAUGCUGUCUCUGUAGGCUGAGAGUUAUAAACAUUGCAGUUCCUGAGAAACAUUGUGCCUCUUGAAGAAAAAAAAAAUAAUGUAGGCUUCACAUAUGGCGUAUUUACACCGCCGAACUCCGUAAAGACCCUCUAUCGAGAAGCAUUAAAAUGGCGAGUCCAAGACACUUAUAGAUAAGAGGCAAAUUAAACUUUUUUUUCUUCUUCUUCUAAAUUUCUGCAGAGGGAGACACACUACUGUUAGAAGUACGUAUUUGUAUUUCUAACGUUAUAAUGUUUCUUUAAUUAGUGAUGCUAGAAGUGUCUAUUAUGGAAGCUGAUAAUAUAAAUAGUUUAGUUCCCUUGUGAACAGUUGUAUUCUUAACAGAUGUUUUCAUAUUUUUUGUGUAUACUCGUUUAUUUUCAUUUCUAAUAUUUAAUUGAGAUUAUUUACAUGUAUUUGUCCUCUUUGUUUUUAGUCCUGAAGUUGAUUUCUGCGGGUACAGCAUUACUCACCCAUCAGAAAGCAAAAUCAAUUUCCGCAUCCAGACACGAAGUAAGAAUGUUUUCUUUAGCAGAAUCUAUUUCGUGAUUUUUCCUUGAUCUGUACGUGCCAAUUUUCUGCGCAAGCCGAUGAAUUAUACACUGAUCAGUCACAACAUUAAAACCAUCUGGCUAAUAUCGUUUAGAUCACCCUCGUGCUGCCAGAACAGCUCAGAUACGUUGAGGCGUGUGCUCCACAAGACUGAAUGUGUUCUGUGGGAUUUUGCACCGUCACAUUAGCAGAAGAUCCCUUAAAUCCUGCAAGUUGAGAGAUUGGAUUUGUUGUUCCAGCACAUCUCACAGAUUUUUAAUUGGGUUGAGAUCUGGGGAAAUUGGAGGCCAAGGCAACACCUUGAACUCUUUGUCAUGUUCCUCAAAGCAUUCUUGAACAUUUUUUGCAGCAUGGCAGGGUGCAUUAUUCUACUGAAAGAGGAACACCGUUGCCAUGAAGGGGUGUACAUGAUCUGCAACAUUCUUUAGGUAGAUGGUACAUGUCAAAGUAACAUCCAUAUGAAUGCCAAGACCCAAAGUUUCCCAGCAAAACAUUGCCUAAAACAUAACACUGCCUCCACCGAUCUCCCUUCUUCCUAUAGUGCAUCUUGCUGCCACAUCUUCCCCAGGUGAUGGCACACAGCUAGCCAUCCACCUAAUAAAAGAAAACCUGAUUCAUCAGACCUGGCAACCUUUUUCCUUUGUCAAACUCACUUGGAUCUUCUCCCUUGUCCAUUUUUCCUGCUUCCAACACAUUAAAUUCUAGAACUGACUGUUCCCUUGAAGCCUAAUAUAUCCCACCUCAUAUCCCAAUGACAAGUGCCAUUGUAACGAAACAUUACAUUUUAUUCACCUGUUAGUGGUUUCAAUGUUGUGGCUGAUCAGUGUACAUGUUCAGUACUUUGAGACCGGAAUAAGUCAAAGCAAUCAGCCUAAAUAAAAUUUCUAUUCCACAUGGCAUAUGAUUUAGGGGUUUGCAAGUUCAUUUUUCUGUAUCUCUGAUUUCUUUUGCUGUCCUUUUCUACCCCGCAUUGCAGGUGGAGUUUCAGCAGUGGAGCCAUUUAGAAGAGGACUCAACGAACUUAUUGAUGUCUGCCAACAUGUGCUCAACACAUUUGAGGUGCGCUGUUAAAGCAAAACACAAAACAUCUAGCAUUACCAAGUUUCCUCUUUAAUCACAACCCUUUGGCGGUGCUUUUUUUGGCCACCUAGACACCAGCUGGAUUCAGUUAAUGACUAUUCUGCACUAAUCACGCCACUUUACCAUCGUGCAAGGCUAUCCAUUUGCAGCCUCCUUCAACAAUAAUUACUGCUGUCUGUGGCUUAUGGGAGGUGUGUUGUAUUAGCUAGAGGGUGGCGUUUGGCCAGCCUGGCUCUUGACCGUUAAUGGCUGAACUUGAUGCACCAUAUCAAGUAUUAUGAUUAUUUGCAGUAUAGAGAGGAACUUUGACCAAUUAUUGUCAGUAUAUGCCUUUCCUCUGUAGAUUAAUGAGUUAAAAGGAAAGGGUCUGAUCUCGUAUACCAGGGCAUGAACGUUUUUAUUUCUCAAGGCAUAUUCCCAAUAUAUAAGCUGGUUCUGUGUGCUUGCCUUGGAGCUACAAAACACACAUCAAGCACACCCUUGACAGAUGACUGAAUCACAAGGAUUCACACAAUGAAUUUCCUAUACAGGCAUUGGAGUUUAGAUUAUUAGAAAAAGCAAGAACCUUUGUUACACCCAGCUGGAAGCAGAGUGUGUUGUGUCUGAGCUUAAUCAGCAGUCACAUGUCUUUCUAGGUUUGUAAUAUUUUAUCUGAAAAUGUUUAACGGAAAAUUCUGAAAAGUGGUGGUAAAAAAAAAGAUAUUUCUUUAUUAACCCAUAUGGUUGUACAUGGUUUUAGAUUAGAAUGUGCUUAUUAAACAUUCAUGGACAAAAACAUAGUUUGUGUACUUGGAUAGCAUCUCAUGGAACGAGACUGCAUGUCUGGCAGUGGAUGAUUAUUUUUUAGUUGUUUUAGACAGAUUCACAGUUUUCACAGCACUGUUGAUUUUACUGAAGUGUAUAUUUGAUAAAUAACUUUCCAGGACACCCAGGGGGUCUGUUCAGUAAACAAGGAAUUUGGUGUAAGACUUAUUGGAGAUGUGACCCCCACCAGUUUGGAGCAUCGUGUCUUCAUAACUAUUUUUAUUCCCCUUUCCUCCCAAAAAAAAAGAAUAUAUUUUUAUUUUCUGUUAUUUGAAAAAAAAGCUGUUGCCAACUGUACCCUAAUAACUCUUCCUAAAUUAGGUUGGAUGUCAGACGGCAGAAUGAUAAUUGCUAUUCCCACAUCCCAGAUGUGUCUUAUUAUUUGCAUUCUGCUUCAAGCGCUAAGUUUACCCCUAUCGUCUUUGUUUUUUAAUAUGUCAAUAACGUUCCAUGUGUAGUAAAGUGUGAAACAAACUUUUGCUAGAGUAAAAGCUUGUACUGAAUUAUAAACUUUACACACUAGAAGAUACACACUUUCUAAACUGCCACAGAUAUUUUAUCACUGAAGUGAACAUUUUCUAACCUGUAUUUAGUGCUUUUCAGCCCUGAGUUCUUGUAGCAUAUAUUAAAUGUGAGUUCUGUCCCUGUAUGCUCCAUAAUGUGUCAAGCCAGCUAAAAGUAUGGGUGUUUCUGAUAAUUUUUCCUAUAAAAUUGCAAAACUACAAUUCUGUAAGAUAACUCUUUUUGGUGUGACCAAGUUUUACAUCUAAAUAAAGAUUAAUUUUUCAGAUGAUGAUGAUACUUAUACGAUGAUACCUGCUCGUACAAUAAUUUAAACUUUCUUCCUGAUGAUCUUUCAUACAGAUCCUUAAAUUCAGAUUUUUAGUGGCCCUUCACAUGCUAAUUAAUAUUGUCAGUUUCACAAGGUUCAGAACAGGCAAUUUUAUUAGAACCCUCAGCAAUGUUUCGACCUUGCGGUCUUUGUCAAGCAUGACAAAGACCGCAAGGUUGAAAUGUUGCUGUGGGUUCUAAUAAAAUUGCCUGUUCUGAACCAUUUUUGUAUUGUACAUCAUUGCCAUUGGAGUCUGGUGCUUGGUUCUGGUUUAGUUGCACCCUGGCUCAGAUUGAUGGGAUUGAGUGCAGUUCCUUAUGAAUGUAUAAAAGUCAAUUUAACAAGGACAUCUGUGAUAGUAAGAUAUGGGCCUUCCAUCUGAUAUCUUGUUACAGUCGCAUGUCUAAACACUGUGUGUGUAUGUCUGUGAUUGGCGGUUGUGGUGUAAUGACAGCUUGUUGGUUUUUUUUGCCUGUGCUACAUCAUUCUUCCAUGAAAAUACUAUGUGUACGCCAUAAAAAUAAUAUAUAUUUAUUUUUUUAUUGUUUGCAGACUACUGUGAGCAAUUACAAGAAACAAAAGGAAGAACGGAUGGAGUGAGGAAAUUUAUAUUUCCAAUGCAUGUAAAUAUAUUUGUAAUGUUCUGUAAUAUAAAAUUUUUUAAAAACAAUAUUUGAAGUUCUGUGUUCAUUUCAGGUUUAAAAGACAAUAAAGCCAACACAAUGUUCCCUGCUAUUAGUGCUGUAAGUUAGUUAUAAUUUGCUUUUUCACCCAGUGUUUUUACAUUCAGAAC